CAGGCUGUCGCGUUAAACGUAGCGUGUAGCGUCUGCAGCGGCAUAUAUACCCUGAGCUUGGUCUGUGUACGGAAACCAGUUAUCCAUGAUUUCUGCAUUCUUCAUCUUUAACCAAAAAGGAGAGGUCCUUAUUUCUAGGCUUUAUCGAACUGAUUUCAAGCGGUCCAUUGCAGAUGUCUUCCGUAUCCAGGUCGUAUCAAAUAGUGACGUGCGAUCACCCAUCAUCACACUGGGUUCAACAAGUUUCUUCCACGUCAGAGUGAACAAUCUCUAUGUUGUAGCAGUGACGAAGACCAAUGCUAAUGCUGCACUUGUGUUCGAGUUCUGCUACCGGUUUAUUUCAAUCGCAAAAGCUUACUUCGGAAAAAUCGAUGAAGAAUCGGUCAAAAACAACUUCGUGGUUAUCUACGAGCUCAUAGACGAGAUCAAUGAUUUCGGCUAUCCUCAGAAUAGCGAGAUCGAUACACUGAAAUCAUACAUUACAACCGAGAGUGUCGUCUCAACAGCGAUAGCCGCAGAAGAAUCUUCGAAGAUUACAAGUCAAGCGACAGGUGCAACAAGUUGGCGGCGUGGAGACGUCAAGUACAAAAAGAACGAAGCUUUCGUCGAUGUGGUAGAAACAGUUAAUUUGAGUAUGAGCGCUAAAGGUACCAUUCUUCGUGCUGAGGUCGAUGGUCACAUACAAAUGCGUGCCUAUCUGUCUGGAAGUCCAGAGUGCAAAUUCGGUCUCAAUGAUAAGCUUGUUAUUGACAAGAAUGAGCGAGGGGCUGGAGGCGACGCCGUUGAGCUGGAUGAUUGUCGAUUCCACCAAUGUGUACGAUUGAACGAGUUCGACUCCAGCCGCACAAUCAGCUUUGUCCCCCCGGAUGGUGAAUUUGAGUUGAUGAGGUAUCGUUCAACCUCAAACGUGAAAUUACCUCUACGUAUAAUAUCAACUGUCAACGAGAUCGGCACUACGCAGGUUUCGUACGUGAUUACAAUCAAAGCCAACUUCAACAACAAACUUUCCGCAACAAGCGUUGUUCUACGGAUACCAACGCCACUCAACACAACCAAUGUUGAUUGCAAAGUGGCCAGUGGCAAGGCGAAAUAUGUUCCCGCGGAGAACGUUGUUGUGUGGAAAAUCCCGAGGAUACAAGGGGGACAGGAGUGCACUUUUAAUGCAACGGCUGAUCUUACAAGCACGACUGUUCGGCAAGUAUGGGCACGACCGCCCAUCGAUGUCGACUUCCAAGUGCUCAUGUUUACUGCGUCCGGCUUGAUCGUUCGUUUUCUUAAAGUCUUUGAAAAAAGCAACUACCACAGCAUCAAGUGGGUUCGAUAUCUCACGAAGGCUAGUGGGUCCUAUCAGAUCCGGUUCUGAGUCUGGUCAGAUGAGGCUAGAGUCGUUCUGGUAUCUAAUAGACUGCUGUAUGUACGCAUUGGACUUGUAGAUUACUCAAUCCGAUAAUAUUUCCUCAUGUUAUUCGUAA